AUGCUUGCCAUUCGCCCAUCAGUCUGUAGGGCGUGCCGAAAGGCCCAGAUCCGCCCGGCGAGAGCGUUCGCAACCGCCAGCGGUCCCAUCCAGCAGCCGCCCCGCGACAACUAUGUGAAGCUCGUCGAGGUCGGCCCUCGCGAUGGCCUCCAGAACGAGAAGAAGACGAUACCCCUUGCGACCAAGAUCGAGCUGAUUGAGAGGCUCGCCAAGACUGGUGUGUCUACAAUUGAAGGCGGCUCCUUUGUCUCGCCGAAAUGGGUUCCCCAGAUGGCCAAUUCAAGCGAAAUUCUCGAGCACCUCCUCACCCGAAAGGUCUCCUCUCCAGCUCAAACAUCAUACUCAUUCCUCGCACCGAAUAUCAAGGGUCUGCAGAACGCCCAGGCGCUGCUGGCCAAAUACCCCGGCGCAUUCGCAUCACAACUCCAGCCCUCAGCUGAUGCUUCGACCCCCGCCGUCGAAGUUGCCGUUUUCGCGGCAGCGACCGAAUCUUUCUCGAAGAAGAACCUCAACUGCGACAUUGCGACGUCACUAGACCGCUUCCGCGAGGUCAUUCGCGAGUCAAAGGCGGCCGGCCUCCGCGUUCGCGCAUACGUCUCUGUGGUCCUCGGCUGUCCCUUUGAGGGGUACGACGUUGACCCGCACAAGGUCGCCGAGAUCUCGACGGAACUGCUGGAGUCGGGCGCCGAUGAGGUGUCUCUGGGCGACACCACCGGUAUGGGAACCGCUCCCCGGACCAAGGAGCUGCUGAAUUGCAUGAGGGCUGCGGGAAUCCGCAACGAGGAUAUUGCGAUGCACUUCCACGACACGUAUGGCCAGGCUCUGGUUAACACGGCUGUGUCUUUGGAGCAUGGCAUCCGCACGUUUGACAGCAGUGUUGGCGGCCUUGGAGGAUGCCCUUACAGCCCCGGUGCGACUGGCAAUGUGGCUACGGAAAACAUGAUUUACUUUAUUGAGAGUCUGGGUAUGGACACUGGCAUUGACCUGGAUGCGAUGUCUGAUAUUGGUGCUUGGAUCACGGGCGAGCUGAGCAAGGCCAACGACAGCACUGUUGGAAAGGCUGUUUUGGGCGCCAGAUCUCGUGAAGCGGCGACAGCUUCUUGUCUUGAUAUGUACCAUCGCAUGAGUUCAUUCUGCCCUGAAAUGCCCAGGGGAAAUGCAUUGGAAGAAGCUGACACGGAGACCGAUAAUGGCACACUGGGAAGCUCCCAGGCGUCCAUGGCCCGCGCCCCCCAGUCACCAGUGAUCUUAUCGGCGCCACCUCAGCUUGCCGAGCGGGCUCCACCAAGACGAAGCAAGCUCCAGUGCAGUGCAUUCGACGACACUGCACCGACCUGCCAACCUCCUCCAGCUACGUACAUCGCAGCGCCUCGCAUCGUCUCCAUCAAUCCGCCCGCCCACGCCCUUCCUAAUCGCCCCCCCUCCGACCCAACACGCAUUUCAGAAGCAAUGAGUGACCCGCGGGAGCCCUCUUACUCCAUCGUGCCGAGAAUUCGGUACAACACCGUCGGCGGUGUCAAUGGACCCCUCGUCAUCCUUGAGAAUGUCAAAUUCCCCAGAUACAACGAGAUUGUCUCCCUGACCCUGCCCGAUGGAACCAACAGACAGGGUCAGGUUCUCGAGGCUCGAGGUAACCGAGCCGUCGUCCAGGUCUUUGAGGGAACAUCAGGCAUCGAUGUUAAGAAGACGAAAGUCGAGUUCACCGGCCAGAGCUUGAAGCUUGGUGUGUCGGAGGACAUGCUGGGUCGUAUCUUUGACGGUUCCGGACGUGCUAUCGACAAGGGCCCCAAGGUCCUUGCUGAGGACUACCUCGACAUCAACGGCAGUCCCAUUAACCCCUUCUCCCGUGAAUACCCCGAGGAGAUGAUUUCGACCGGUAUUUCUGCCAUCGACACCAUGAACUCCAUCGCCCGUGGACAAAAGAUUCCUAUUUUCUCUUCGUCUGGUCUGCCGCACAACGAAAUUGCCGCCCAGAUUUGCAGACAGGCCAGCUUGGUCCAGAAGCAGGGUGUCACCAACAAGGGUGUCCACGACGGCCACGAGGAGAACUUCUCCAUUGUCUUCGGUGCCAUGGGUGUCAACUUGGAAACCGCCAGAUUCUUCACCCGCGAUUUCGAGGAGAACGGCUCAUUGGAGCGUGUCACCCUUUUCCUUAACCUUGCCAACGAUCCUACUAUCGAGCGUAUCAUCACUCCUCGUCUCGCGCUUACGACCGCCGAAUACUACGCCUACCAGCUCGAGAAGCACGUUCUCGUUAUUCUUACUGAUUUGUCCGCUUACUGCGACGCUCUUCGUGAGGUCUCAGCCGCCCGUGAAGAAGUCCCGGGUCGUCGUGGUUACCCCGGUUACAUGUACACGGAUUUGUCCACCAUUUACGAGCGCGCCGGUCGUGUGGCGGGUCGCAACGGUUCCAUCACCCAGGUUCCCAUUUUGACCAUGCCCAACGAGGAUAUCACUCACCCCAUUCCCGACUUGACGGGUUACAUUACGGAGGGUCAGAUCUUCGUCGACAGAGGCCUUUACAACCGUGGUAUUUACCCGCCCAUCAACGUUCUGCCGUCUCUGUCUCGUCUCAUGAAGUCUGCCAUUGGUGAGGGCAUGACCCGCAAGGACCACGGCGAUGUUUCCAACCAGCUCUACGCCAAGUACGCCAUCGGUCGUGACGCCGCUGCCAUGAAGGCUGUCGUCGGCGAGGAGGCUCUGUCAGCUGAGGACAAGCUUUCUCUGGAGUUCCUCGAGAAGUUUGAGCGCCAGUUCAUCAAUCAGGGCCAGUACGAGGCUCGCACCAUUUACGAGUCUCUCGACCUGGCAUGGAGCUUGCUCCGUCUCUACCCCAAGGACCUGCUCAACCGUAUUCCCGGCAAGGUUCUCAACGAGUUCUACCAGCGUGCGGCCAAGGAGGCCAAGGACAAGGGCAAGCAGAGACAGCAGGUGCAGCAAAACGAGGAGAACCUGAUUGACGCAUAA